AUGCCAUUCUUCAACGAGACCCUCGAACUUCCGGAAAUGGUCACCCAGGCGCAGAUUGCCGGCUUUUUGGCUUUUCUGGCCUCUCUUGUCGGCAUAAUUGCCAACGGGAUGGUCAUCUUCUGGAUCUCGAGGUUACCGUCCAUGCAGAACGCUUUCGGGCGGUUGACACGAAACCAGGCGACCGCUGAUUUUCUCCACGCUUGGGGUUUCUUCCUCUACAUGGCACCGAUGUUGAUGUUCCACCUGUUCGUCUCGAUCAACCGUGUCUGCUCCAUUUUCUUCCCUAUGGAAUACCCCCGAUUAUUCUCCAAGAAAAACGUCGCCAAGAUCAACGUCUUCUGUUGGAUGAUCGCGUUUUGGCCGAGUAUACUAGCGUAUAGAAUUGUCGAUUGCCGGUUCAUCUACAGCGAGGAGCUCUGGAGCUACACGUUCACCGUAAGCCCAGUUUGCAAUGUAGUUUCUUGGUACUACGAUUUCGUGAAAAGCGUGGCGACGGUGUUCGUGAUCGUCGGCUUGGAUAUGAUCACUUUUGUGAAGUGCCGACUCCAUGGCAAUCAUCUUCUUUCCACGAUCGCUGAUGCUCAAGUUAGGGCUCACAAGCGGAACGAGAUCAACUUUGUGACGCAGUCCUGCCUCCAGGGUUUCAUCUUCAUCCUCGAGCUCCUCACGUUCUUCGUGCUCGCCAACUUCGUGGACAUCAAGAUGGGAAAAUUUGCGUUGACUACCUUAUCUUGGAUUGGCGUUCAUGCGCUGGAUGGCCUUAUCGCCAUCUUCUUCAACAAGGAAUUCCACCACCGGGUGCUGGGCCAAAAGAUAGAAACAUCAAGCCGUCAUGCCGCGUACUCGACCCAGAUGCCGGCUACACUCAGCUCCUAUUGCCAGCAUUCGUCGCAGAAUUUU